AUGACCAAGAAUGCGGCCAACAACUGGAAGCCGAUGGGACCAUCCAUCUCGACUGAGGACAUCAAUCGCUCUAUUCUUGCAGCCGCUGCCUCGGUCAGCCCAUACUCGGGGCAGUUCUCGGCGACUCUUGCAGCGGCGGUGGCGCGCGCCUCGGCUCAGGCGCAGGCCAAUGCCUUCCAAAUGCUGAUGGCCCAGGCACAGCUGCAACAGCUCCAAGCCAGCGUUGAACUCCAAGCCCUUGUCCAGGCCGAGCAGAAACGCCGAGAUUCCGAGAAGGUCCUCCAGAACCUGUCCACGCAAAUGUCAGGCGUGUCGGCGUCGCACUCCGAGGAAAAGGGCAAGCCCGGAAUGACGAGCCACGAUCUUGCACCAAGGCCUCAGCUCGCUGCCCAGCCUUCGGCGGAUGCCGUUGUUGCUGCCCAGGUGAAUGGGCCCGUGCAGCUCGAUUCCCGAUCGGGUCCGUUGCUCGGCACAGGAAAGACUCCCAGUGGCCAUGCCAGCGGCCAUGAGAUUGUGCCAGCCCAGUCCAAGCCCCAUAAUGGCGUAACGCCGCCAACCGGAGAUGUCGCGGCCGUGCAUCCUCAGGUUUCCGAUACAGGGCCGUCGAUCGUGGCUCCAACACCAGCUCCAAUACCAGCUCCAACACCAGCUCCAACGCCAGUCCCCGGCGGAGGCAUAGACAUCAAUUCACUCACUCAGCUUACGGCCCUUGCUGCCAAAACUCCGGGCUUUGGUGCAAACCUGCUUGGCCUCGGUUUGCCGCUGCUGAUGCAGUCGUCUGGCCAGCUUAGUUCCAACAUUUCCAAGGUUCUCAGCCAGCUCCAGGCGCAAGCUCGGCAGCCAACUUUCCCUGCCCCCGGCUCAAGUACAUCCCGAGACAUGGGACUGUCGGGGCCAGCGGAGUCGGCCGUGAAUCAAGCCGGAGGCCGGGGGCAGCCGCAUCCCGAUCCGUCUGAGACCUCCAACACCAAGACCGAAGCGGGCGGAGGCGCUCAUCCGGCCCCGGCUGGUCCAGAUUCCGUUAGCGAGACACUGGGGCGACGGCUGCGACGCCAAGUUCCUGCCAAGAUCAAGGAUGAAGCGGAUGUCUCUGUAACUGCAGCCGCAGCGUCUGCGCCGCUCCGCCGAAGUUUGCGAAGUGAGCCCGGACCUCUGCCGACGGUGCUGUCCUCGCCCCUUGGAACAAGCAUGCCUUCCGGAUCGCGGUCGAGUGCUGCCAAGAACCCGCAAGGCGCCGUCCGACGGGCAAGCCGCUCAGCCGUGUCCGUCCGAGUUGAAGGAGAGCGCAACGCGGGCGAAAUGGAUGUCGAUGUCGCCGCAGAUGACGCUCUCGGAAAACAGCGCUAG